CAACAACAAUGGCGUCCUCCACGACGGGAGACGGCGUGAGUGAAGCUCAAACAGGAAAAAAAUCGAAAAAGACAAAAAACCAAGUGGAUGAAUCUGAACUCCUGACUGUUCCUGAUGGAUGGAAAGAGCCAGGUUUCACCAAAGACGACAAUCCCCGAGGCCUGCUGGAGGAGAGCAGCUUUGCCACCCUCUUCCCCAAAUACAGAGAAGCCUACCUGAAAGAGUGCUGGCCGCUGGUGGAGAAGGCCUUAGGAGAGGCACAUAUCAAAGCCACUCUGGACCUGAUAGAGGGAAGCAUCACAGUCUGCACAACAAAGAAAACUUUUGACCCGUACGCCAUCGUUAGAGCCAGAGAUCUUAUCAAGCUGCUGGCCAGGAGCGUCCCAUUCGAGCAGGCUGUACGGAUAUUACAGGAUGACAUGGCGUGUGACAUCAUCAAAAUUGGGACCCUGGUGAGGAACAGAGAGCGGUUUGUGAAGCGAAGACAGCGUCUGAUCGGCCCCAAGGGCUCCACCCUAAAAGCGUUAGAGUUGUUGACCAGCUGCUAUGUGAUGGUGCAGGGUAACACCGUGUCGGCCCUGGGGCCCUACAACGGCCUGAAGGAGGUACGCAAAGUGGUGAUGGACACAAUGAAGAACAUUCACCCCAUCUACAACAUCAAGACACUGAUGAUCAAACGAGAGCUCUCCAAAGACCCCGAUUUGCGGGUGCAGAGCUGGGAACGCUUUCUGCCCAAGUUCCGCCACAAGAACCUGGCCAAGCGCAGGGAGCCCAAGAAGAAGAGCAUGAAGAAGGAGUACACACCUUUCCCUCCAGCACAGCCAGAGAGCACAGUUGACAAGGAGCUGGCCACAGGAGAAUUCUUCCUGCGUGAAAGUGUGAAAAAGAGGAAGAAGAUGGAAGAGAUCAAGGUGAAACAAGCAGAGGCACUGACCAAGAAGCAGGAAGAGCGGAACAAAGCUUUCAUUCCUCCUAAAGAAAAGCCUUUGAUGAAGAAAACAACCAAAGCUCAAUCAGAAGGCAAGCUCGACAUCGAAGCAAUAAAGGAAAAAGUGAAAAAAGCCAAAACCAAGAAGCUGGGGGCUCCACCAGUGAACCCAGCUGCCCCCACCAGCAGCACCACUGACAAAAAGAAAAAGAGCAAAACAAAAAACAAAGGCUAACAACAGACUUAGACCAACACAGCUGUACUGUGUACCAUGACACAUGGUAUUUUUAGGCAGUUCCAUUGGACAGAUGGAGAACUCUGUAAGGGUGCAGGAAGAUGAGAAGUAAGACGCAGUGUGUGCUUGGAUCUAAAUGAAUUCUAUCACAAACUGCUAUGGACAUUUUUUUGUUGAACUAUUUUUGUUGAGAGGAUUUCCUGUUUGCACCCAAGUGUAAUCUUCUAUCGGGUGACCAGUUCUUACUCGAGGGAGAUGAACAGACAACCAGCAGCUAAUGUUAUACAUGUUCCCCUUGUCUGCUUCAUUUGUCUUUGUAACUAUUGUCCAGAUUUUUAUGGUCGGUAUUUAUAGGCUUCAAAAUAUAGUUUUCUUCUUUCUUAAGACAGAUGUGUGUUCAGGGGAAGACAGACUAUUAGAUGGAAAUGUGAAAUUAAAGGCAGAUUUUUAAUAACCUG